CUGGUGCUGGCCGCGCUGGCCGCCGUGGCCUUGGCCGUGGCGCUGCUGCCGCUGGCGCGCGUGGGCCGUUACGAGCUGCAGUACCCGGGCACCUGGUGCUUCAUCGGCCUCGGGCCACCAGGCGGCUGGCGACAGGCGCUGCUCGCCGGUCUCUUCGCCGGCCUCGGCCUGGCCGCGCUUCUCGCCGCGCUCGUUUGCAACACGCUCAGCGGCCUGGCUCUGCUGCGCGCCCGCUGGAGGCGCAGCCGCUCCCGACGUCUCCCCCAGACAUCCGGCCCCGACAGCAGCCGGCGACGCUGGGGAUCGCGGGGACAACGCUCGGCCUCCGCCUCGUCCGCCUCGUCCAUCGCUUCGGCCUCCGCCGCCCUCCGCGGCUCCCGGGGCGCCGGCUCAGCGCGAAGAACCCGCGCCCACGACGUGGAGAUGGUGGGCCAGCUCGUGGGCAUCAUGGUGGUGUCGUGCAUCUGCUGGAGCCCGCUGCUGGUCUUGGUGGUGCUGGCCAUAGGGGGCUGGAGCUCCAGCAGCUUGCAGCAGCCACUAUUUCUGGCCGUGCGCCUUGCCUCUUGGAACCAGAUCCUGGACCCCUGGGUAUACAUCCUGCUGCGCCAGGCUGUGCUGCGCCAAUUGCUUCGCCUCCUGCCCCCAAGGGCCGGUGCUAAGGGCAGCCCCACGGAGCUGGGCCUAAGCAAGAGCGCCUGGGAGGCCAGCUCACUGCGCAGCUCCCAACACAGUGGCCUCAGCCACUUCUGAACGGUCCGUAAGGCUCAGCCAGUCAUCCUGGGUCGGGCGCAAGUGCGUGGCGCAGAGACUUUGGGGCCAUUUUUUGCAAGCCGGGGACGGUGGGUCCCGUCAGGGCUGCAGCACACAGCCCGGCCGCACGGGGGCGGCAGAGGAGCCGCGUGCGUCUCCCAAGCCAGGGCAGCUCGGAGGCUGGCCACGCGAGGGCGCGGACACACCGUCCAGGACACACAGACCACAGAGCCGGCGCCACAGGGCAUGACAUAGCGCCGCGGCCGCAACUGAGCGGGGAGCAGACGGAGAGGGUUUGGGGUGUGCGUCCUGCGCGGCAUCCGCCACGACGGACUCUUGGAACCAUUCUCAUUACGGCCCUGGGCUCCCCCAACACCUUGCGCCCAAACUGUGUCCCAUCAUCGCCCGGACCCCCAACAGCCCCCGAUCACAACUCCG